AUAUAUUACCGGCGACUGCAACUGCAACUGCAACAGAAACUGCUGUCGUCAUAAUUAGCCUUGUUUAGCAUUUAAUUUUUGGUCGUUUGCCGUCGUCGUGCCUCACACACUCUCUUGUUACAUUCUUUUCGUUGUUUACGUUUACGCUUGUUGAAUUUCUUUUUACCGUCGUGCAAUUUCCUGAAGAAGCCCAUUUACAUUGCUACUAGUUACAAAUUCUUCAUCGUUGAGCAUUUAUAAUCAAAAUGAAAACUUCCUCGUCGUAUUUGCCAUCUAUAUCAUCAUUAUUAUCGAAAUCACGUCCAGCCACAACAGCAACUACAGCAACAAUUCAAUUGCACCCGUCCAAACCCAAACUCGUCACCACCAUCAACGCAGCUGCUACGCACGAGGACCACACACUGUCAACCGCAUUAAUUGAAACAAAUGGAAUUACAGCAAUUUGAAGAAAGUACAGUGUUUGGAAUCCCGAGAUAUCUUUCAUAUUCACGCAAUCUUAAUGCAAAUUACACAUGCCUUGUCUAACUGCCUUCCAAAUUCGCAAACGAAAUACACACACCAAGAGCAUCUUCCAUAUCCCAAAUAUUUUUUAAAAAUAUCUGGUGUUUGUGAUUUGUUAAAACGUUUGAUUGUCUUAACUUAAGCAUAGCAAUAGAUUAAAUAUUUAGCACGAGCACGAGAGCUUUGACACGGUUGGUGGAGUCAUUGUGUGCAACUUUUGUGUUGGCCGCAGUAGGAAAGAAGCGGGCGCAUUUAGAGUGGCAUGAGCCAUCCGUUGGGACUCCGGAAACAUGAUGAUAAUGAGUGUAGUGGGCCACGACCACCUGUACCCGGAGAAGAGAGCCGAGUUAAAAAGAUGACCGAAGGGGUGAUAGAUACCUUAAAGAACUCACCUCCAUCAUAUCUGAACUGGGCCCGCACGCUAAAUCAUCUGCUUGAGGAUCGCGAUGGGGUGGAGUUGUUCAAGAAGUAUGUUGAGGAGGAGGCGCCCGCCUACAAUGAUCAUCUCAAUUUCUACUUUGCCUGCGAGGGUCUGAAGCAACAGACAGAUCCCGAGAAGGUCAAGCAAAUAAUUGGAGCCAUAUACAGAUUCUUGCGCAAAAGCCAACUGUCCAUUUCUGAUGAUUUGCGCACACAAAUAAAAGCCAUCAAGUCAAAUGAGAUUCCGCUCAGUCCGCACAUUUAUGAUCCGAUGCAGCAGCAUGUGGAGGCCACCAUACGCGACAACAUCUAUCCGAGCUUCCUCUGUUCCGAGAUGUACAUACAGUACAUACAGCAAAUGUCUGCGGUGCAGGAGCGUUGCAGCAGUAGCGGCGCCACUGCAUCGGGCAGCGCCGGCAGCAGUGGCAGCGGCGGCAGUUGUGGCAGCAACAAUGGCAGCACUGCCGGCGCCUGUGCUCUGCCGACGGCAACCACCAAACAACUGCUCGCAACAUCUGGCAGCAGUGGACCAAUUCCGCCCGGUGUCUUCAUCAAUUUGCCAAUGAAUAGCGGUGCGGUGAUGCCAGCUGGCACAUGUAGUGCCAGCGGCAGUGUUUACGGUCCAUCAACGUCAGCCAGCUCCAGUGGGUCGAUCAGUGCCACAGACACGCUGCCACGCAGCUCCACACUACCCACGCUGCACGAGGACUCGGAGCUGUCGCUCUGCGAUGAUUUCGAGAAGGUGCAAGUCGAGGGUGGCUCGGCGCGUCCGCAUAUCGAUUUACCCAUGCGACUGACGCGCGAUCUAUUGAUAGCAACUCAAAAAAGAAGACUGGAAAUCCGACCACCCGGAGCUCACGGUUAUGUGUACACUGCGAGCACAAAUACAUCCUUUAUACCGAACUCACGCGUUGAUUCGGAGAGGGCGAGCGUAAGCUCCGGCGGCCGCACCGACUCCGAUACAAUGUCACUCUCCAGCUGCUCAAUGGAUGGCCGCCCGUAUAUAGAUCGCAGACACAGCUCCACGGAAAACAAGGCCAUACGCCAGAGUGCCAUGGCCAACAAGGAAACGAACUCCUUUCAGGUUAUACCCCGCACGCAACGAUUACAUUCAAACGAGCACAGACCGCUGAAGGAAAAUGAGCUUUUGGCCCUGCUGAUACCCAAACUGGAGGAGGUGAAGCGCAAGCGUGAUUUAGAAGAACGUGCCCGCUUUGAGCGUAUGCCGAGCGCUUCGCUGCCGAACAACGAAAGAUCCAGUGCCAGUGAUCGAGCAUUUGCCGAGGCGAUACGGGAAAAGUUUGCACUCGAUGAAGACAACGACCAAGACAUACUGGACCAGCAUGUGUCGCGUGUGUGGAAAGAUCAAACGCCACAUCGCUCACCUGGCACAAUGUCACCUUGCCCGCCUAUACCAUCGAGAAGACGCACUGCAACACAUGACUCGGGCAUGGUCAGUGAUGGUGCCAUGAGCUUGAGUGGUCACUCAAUGAAGCACUCAAAGUCAAUGCCCGAUCCCAGUUCCUGCUCUAGGAAGCUAACAAAUAAAUGGCCUUCAAUGAACACAGACAGUGGCAUCAGCAUGUUCUCAUCUGAUACUGUUAUGAAAUACAAAGAAACCAGCUCCCGCUCUGGUUCAAGCACGGCCUCAAAAUUGGAGGAAGCAAAACGAAGACUGGAAGACGAGCCGCGUCGCACUCGUCGAUAUGCCCAACCGCAACUACAACCCCACAUGGUGGCUAUGCAGCAGCAGCAGCCGCUAUCUUCCUUCAGUAGUAGCAGCAGCGGCAGCAGCACCCUGCAUCAUCAGGUCGUGGUGGGCCCACCGCCGCUGCCGAUCAAGCCGCCGGAAACAGUUGUGGUGUUUUCAUUCUGCGAAGAGCCAGUUCCUUACAGAAUUAAAAUACCCGGUACUCAGCCGACCCUGCGCCAAUUCAAGGACUAUCUGCCACGAAGGGGUCACUUUAGAUUCUUUUUUAAGACGCAUUGUGAGGACCCGGACAGUCCAGUGAUUCAGGAAGAGAUUGUUAACGACUCCGACAUACUGCCGUUGUUCGGAGACAAAGCGAUGGGUCUUGUCAAACCAUCCGAUUAAUCUUAAGGAUAACGUGUAGAUUUUCUAUUAAGUUAAAUUAUGAAUUGAGGGGGGUCACGAUAAUGGAGUAUGUCUGUAUGUUGAGAAUACAACUCAAAAGAAGCUAUUCCCAGAAAUCAAAACUUAAAUAGAACUAACUGUACAUUCAA